CCCUCCGCUCUGACUGCUGUGCAAUGACAUUAUCUUCUUUGGUUUGUUUUCUGUCGGGACUGUUCUUUUACAUUCCGAAGUCAUUUCGGACAACAUUUCGGUAGUAAUCAGCUCUUCCCAUCUAUCUCGCAGGACUUAACGGUUAUCUGGCGUGCUACAAUUUAUAUUCCAAGGUCACAAAGCAGCAAAUGGCGGAUUUGGAUAUCACAGCGGAGACUCCGCUAAUAGAGCGGAUGGUGACGCCUGUCUUUCAUGAUCUGGGGCCUGGAAUAUCGGCAAGAUCCUCUAUACCAGAAGUGGACGCUAUAUUUACCGCGAACUUUACAAAAGCCCGGAAGCUGAAAGGCGGGGAGCGGUUACCACAAGCAGUCGCCCAUCGGGGAUACAAAGCAAAGUAUCCGGAGAACACUAUGGGCGCCUUCGAAGGUGCCGUCAAGGUCGGCGCACAUGCGAUUGAGACAGACGUCCACUUGUCGAAAGAUGGUGUAGUUGUACUUACGCACGAUGCGAAUCUCAAGAGAUGUUUCGGCAGAGAAGAGAAGGUGGUAGACUGCACUUGGGAAGAGCUGAGCACGCUACGGACGGUGAGGGAGCCGCACUCGCCGAUGCCUAGGUUGUUGGAUCUGUUGAGGUACCUUGCUCAACCGGAACUGGACGAUAUUUGGGUGCUCUUGGACAUCAAACUCGAUAAUAAGGGUGACGACAUUAUGCGACUGAUUGCUGAGACAAUAGCCGAAGUGGAAACACGGUCAGGUCGAACAUGGAACGAGCGGAUUGUCCUGGGAUGCUGGACUGCCCAUUACGUGCCCCUGUGCAACGAGUAUCUCUCCGGAUUUCCCAUCACCCACAUCGGAUUCUCCACCGUCUAUGCUCAGCAGUUCUUUUCCGUCCCGAACGUGUCGUUCAAUAUGAUGCACCAGAUCCUCCUGGGACCUCGAGGAAAAGCGUUCCUUCAAAAAUCCCGGCGGUUGAAUCGACCCGUGUUUGAUUGGACGGUCAACAACGAGGAGAUGAUGCGGUGGAGCAUUUCACUGGGAAGCCAGUUCUGGCAGCAAUUAUGCCAGGAACAUGGGAUUAGUCAAGAUGGGAACCUCGAGGACUUCGCGACAGAAGGAGGAGACCGCAAGGACGUGUUCUUCUACCAGUCAGACGACACCAGAUACAUCCCUCGAGCAAUCCUCCUAGAUCUUGAACCUCGCGUCAUCAACAGCAUCCAAACCGGCGCAUACCGAAACAUCUACAACCCCGAGAACUUCUACGUCCACAAAGAUGGCACUGGCGCAGGCAACAUCUGGGCAGCCGGGUACUCAAUGGGCGAAUCCGUCUACGAAGAAGUCAUGGAUAUGAUCGACCGAGAAGCGGACGGUAGCGAUUCACUCGAAGGGUUCAUGCUCCUGCAUUCAAUAGCUGGAGGGACGGGUUCGGGCAUGGGGAGUUACCUCCUCGAGAGGCUGAAUGAUCGGUUCCCGAAGAAGUUAAUACAGACAUACUCGGUGUUUCCGGAUACGCAGAACUCGGGAGAUGUGGUGGUGCAGCCGUAUAAUAGCCUGCUGUCCUUGCGGCGACUUACGCAGAAUGCGGAUUCGGUGGUCGUGUUGGACAACGGUGCUCUAUCCCGUAUAGCAGCGGACCGAUUACAUGUGCAAGAGCCAUCAUUCCAACAGACCAAUCAACUGGUUUCAACAGUCAUGUCUGCCAGCACAACGCCGCUUCGUUACCCAGGGUACAUGCACAACGACCUCGUCGGAAUCGUCGCAUCUCUUAUCCCAACACCCCGCCUCCAUUUCCUUAUGACCUCAUAUACCCCAUUUACUGGCGAUAACGUCGAGCAGGCGAAGACGGUUCGGAAGACGACGGUGCUAGACGUCAUGCGACGACUUCUGCAGCCAAAGAACCGCAUGGUCUCGACCAACCCAGGCAAAAAGAGCUGCUAUAUCUCGAUCCUUAACAUCAUUCAAGGAGAAGCCGAUCCUACCGAUGUACAUAAAUCACUACUGCGCAUCCGCGAACGGCGACUCGCGACGUUUAUCCCUUGGGGCCCUGCCAGCAUCCAGGUUGCCCUCACCCGCAAGUCUCCGUACAUCCAAUCCACACAUCGCGUCUCGGGCUUGAUGUUAGCGAACCACACCGGCAUCGCGACGUUGUUUAAGCGGAUCCUUUUUCAAUACUCUCAACUCCGCAAACGCAACGCAUUCUUGGAACAGUACAAGAAAGAAGCGCCCUUCUCCGACGGGCUGGGCGAGUUCGAUGAGGCGCGGGCGGUGGUGCAGGACCUUAUACAGGAGUACGAGGAUGCGGAGGGGGCAGGGUAUCUGGAUGGAGGGGCUGCUACUGCUCCGAGAGAACACGCGAGAGAAGGUACGAGAGAACCGGCGAGAGAAGGUGCUUCAGGAGGGGGCGCGGCGGGAUGAUGGGAAGGUUAUCUUAUGAGGCGUUAGUUGGGACCUGCUACAUGGUAGCUAUUGCAAUGGGACAAAGCGAUGGAAAGCGUUGUGGACUCGGGUUCCUACGGUAUGGAACCGUUCCAUCCAAUAUACUAUCGAAGAGGGUGUGUUUGGGGGGCUGUUGACGUGGCGGAUGAUCAAAUUUCAUGCCAGGCUGUCUGGAGCUGGCCAAUGUGAAAUUCAGCAAUGGAAUGGUGUCAGAUUGAGAUGGCCAUCAAUGAUAUUCACUCUAGGAACGAGCAUCAACACUCACCGUGUCAACAGCCAUCAAUAUUCACUGUGUCUGUAGAGUAAUGUCUGCAUCAAUCCAAGGGGAGUGGCUCGGGUUUGCUUCAUGACCUGCCAUAGCGGCAAGCAAUAG